UGGGUCUCGGUUUUGAGCCCACUUAUUUUUCCCAAUACCCAAGGCCCAAUAGCGCUAUCCGUGAAGUAAAAUCUGAACUCUCGUUACUCUCCCAUUGAAACAGCGCCGAGAGAUGGACGCCGGUGACCGUGGCGUGAAGAAGAUGGCGGUGACGUCAAUCGCGGCAAUGGUGGCGGAGACGACGACGUUCCCGAUCGACCUUAUCAAAACUCACCUCCAGCUCCACGGCGAGUCGGUGCAGUCUACGCGCCCAGCGUCGGCAUUCAGGAUCGCGCUCCAGAUAGCUCGCAACGACGGCCUUUUGGGGAUGUAUAGAGGCCUGUCUCCCGCUGUUUUCCGGCACAUGUUCUACACUCCUACUCGAAUUGUCGGCUACGAGCAUUUGCGCAACAAAUUUGGGCGAUCAUCCGAUCGUUCUCUUCCCCUUUAUAGCAAAGCAGUAAUCGGUGGAAUUUCUGGAGCUAUUGCUCAGGUCAUUGCUAGCCCUGCGGAUCUCAUCAAAGUAAGGAUGCAAGCAGAUGGUCUUAUUUCGGGCCAGGGUCUCCAGCCCCGGUAUUCUGGGCUUUUUGAUGCCCUAAACAAGAUUGUUCACGCUGAAGGAAUAUUAGGCCUCUGGAAAGGUGUUUCUGCAAAUGUGCAAAGAGCAUUUUUAGUAAAUAUGGGAGAAUUAGCUUGUUAUGAUCAUGCCAAACGGUUCAUAAUCAAAAACCAGAUCUGUGAUGACAAUAUUUAUGCUCACACUCUAUCUUCCAUCAUGUCCGGUCUUUCGGCGACUGCUUUGAGCUGUCCUGCAGAUGUGGUUAAGACUAGAAUGAUGAAUCAGGCUGCGUCGACGGAAGACAAGAUAAAGUAUAGAAACUCCUAUGAUUGCCUUGUGAAGACCAUAAGAAUUGAGGGGUUGAGAGCAUUGUGGAAGGGAUUCCUCCCAACAUGGGCCAGGCUUGGUCCUUGGCAGUUUGUAUUCUGGGUCUCCUAUGAGAAAUUCCGACAUGUUUCUGGGUUACAGUCCUUCUAACUAUGGAUUUUUCUCAUCAUUUUUUUCCCUUGUGCUCUUCUUUUGUGUUUCUGAUGAUUUAGUCAAGGACUGGUUGCUGCGUGAUUUUUUAUUUUUUGUGUUCCGAGACACUAAUACAUAUCAUUCUGGCUAAAAACCCACAAUUUUUUAUCUUCUGGGGUCACAAAAUGUAAAGAUAGCUAGCAUUGUGAAGCUGACUGAUAUAAGAGACUCUACAUGAUUAUCAUCUUCAAUUUUCUA